AUGCAGCUCACUAGUUUCCUUGCUGCCCUGGCAGUAUUCCUGCCUAUCGUCUACGGUGCCCCUACCGCAGCCGCCAACAGCCUCCACCCAGAGAUUCUGGCUGCCAUGAAGCGCGAUCUAGGACUGGACGCUGAGCAGGCACAUGUUCGUGUCGCCCGGGAGCUCAAGGCCACCGAAGUCAUUGAGAAGUUGCGCACCUCGGCUGGCAAAUCCUUCGGAGGCGCUUGGCUCGUUGACGGCGAGCUCAAGGUCGCUGUCACUGACCAGGCCUUGACCUCCGAGGUGACCGAUGCUGGCGCCACUCCUUUCGUUGUCUCUGUUCCCCUCUCUAAGCUUGAGGAAGCCCAGAAGGCACUGGACAAAAUCGACAUUGAGCAGUCCCUUGGCAAGCGCUCCGAGAACACUGGCAUCGCGGCGUACUAUGUCGAUGUCGCCGCCAACAAGCUCGUCAUCGAAUCACUUGCCGACAGUACCGCUCAGGCCGCAGAGCUGGCCAAGAAAGUAGGCCUCGUCGAGUCCGAGUUUGAGGUCCGCACCGUUAAGGCGUUGCCAACCACCUUUGCCACGAUCCGUGGUGGUGACGCUUACCUCAUCAACCGAAGCUCCAGAUGCUCUGUUGGCUUCUCAGUCACCACCGGCUUUGUCUCUGCCGGCCACUGCGGCACUGUCGGCAACACUGCUACCACAAGCAGCGGUGCUACCCUGGGAUCCUUCUCGGGUUCAGUCUUUCCAGGAAACGGCGACUACAGCUACGUCAGGGGUAGCAGUGGAAACACUUUCUCUGGAAGGAUCAACAACUACAACAGCGGUACACUUCCCGUGUCGGGUAGCACCGCCGCCGCCACCGGAGCAAGUGUCUGCCGCUCCGGCUCCACCACUGGUGUCUACUGCGGCACCAUCCGCUCCCUAGGCGCAAGCGUGUCCUACCAGGAGGGACGUGUUACUGGCCUUACUCAGACUAAUGUUUGCGCCGAGCCCGGUGACUCUGGCGGUUCCUUCUACUCUGGCGCCCAGGCCCAGGGUGUCACCUCUGGAGGCUCCGGCGACUGCUCCAGUGGUGGUGUAACGUACUUCCAGCCCGUUAACGAGAUUUUGUCGGCCUACAGCCUCACUCUGGUCCGUGGUUGA